CUCUCACUCUCUCUCAAUCUCCAUCUCUCUUCACGCACGCAUACACAGUAGUAGGAGCAAUAGUGCCGUGCGAGUGCAAAGUCGGAUAUUUAGGGGAGUGCGAUUAAGUGCCGACGCUUGGCUCGUAUCACGCCUAGCUUCCGGAGCCGAGCUAAUCCAGAUGUGAGGAUACAUCACGUUGUUAUCCAUAAUUCGCCGACAGACGUCGUCGGGGAGAGAGUUGGGAAGUAACGAAUCGUCGGCCCCCGAGUCGCAGUACAAGGCACACAGACGGCCGACACGUCGUCGCGCCCCAGUAAACGAAAGUUGCGAGGAACGAGAGGGCGGCCGGAUAAGUUCGGUAAGUGCGGUGGGCUGCCGCCGCCACCAUGGCCGCACAGAGUAGUAGCAGCAGCACCAGCAGCAACAGCAACAACAACAGUAACAGCAACAGCAACAGCAACAGUAACAGCAGCGAAAGCAGCAGCAACAGCAGCAGCAGAAACAACAACAGCAACAGCAGAGAGUCUCUCCACAACGAGGAACAACAGCAGCAGCAACGAGGCAAGACGGAUGAUUUUGAGGUUAGGGCCGACUCCGAGCCAACGACCGAUAAAGGCGGCAACUUUUACGAGAAGCUGCGCCGAGGCUGGUUGCGAACCACCGCACCUAAGGAUGUCGUCGUCGAUGACUCAGAAAUGGUCGUGGAACAAACGGGAUCGGCGCUUAAUAUACGAAUACCUUAUUCAUCCGACGGCAUGACCUGGACAUGGACUUUUGAAGUCGCGACUCAUGAUACAAAGUACCUCAAAAACAUAAGCCUUGUAUUAGAUAGCCACCAAGAGAAUUUUAGAAUUAAGUCGAUUAUUAAUGACAUGGUUUGCUGCAAAAACCUGUCUAUUCAAGAAUUUGUGAUAAAUAAGUCUAUAGAUGAUAUAUCCAACCCUUCGGUUUAUAUGGUGGAGAUUGAGUUUAGAGCAGCUAACACGGGUACUUAUUGUCAGGAUGUAAUCUUUAGUUUCAACGAUGGACCAGCAGUGCGUCGUCAGCUCUGCGUUGAUUGUGUGUUGAUAGAGGACCUUAAUCGUCUAGAGGCAGCACGCGAAUAUCUGCUAUAUCUUACCCAGCAGAGCUCUCACGGGCAGAAAACACAGAUAGUACCGUUUAAAUCACCUUUUGUACCAGAACGAGAGGCCCGGGAGGAUAAGCUAUGUCAGUUCUAUCCUAAACCUGAACUUAAUACCUUCUUCUUAACCCACACUACGUUAAAAGAAACUGGCCUCGAUCCAAAGAACUACAGGAGGAGGCUACAUGAAUUGGUCAGUAUCGAGGAAAUGGCUAGAUGCGAACAAAUUGCACGAUAUAACGAAGUCACUGAGCUCAGACUAUCGAACAACUACAUACUUGCAUCGGAUACAGAUGGCUCUACAGUUGCUAAGUACGCAGCACCUGGAGAAUUAUUUGCUCAGUUACCGCUGGGUCGCGAGGUCUCGGAGGACACGAAAAGUGGCCGGUUAUUGCUACGCAGCUGCAACAGUCUACUCGUUCAGAAGAUAAACUUUGACGAGGGCCAAGGCAGUCGGCCCACCCUAAGCGACAAGAUAUUCGAGGCCCACAUCGAGGACAAGUGUAACCACACGAUUUACACGCGGCUGUCGAAGGAGUGCGUGGAGCAUCUCGGGCUAGUGAUCGACACCAACGUCAAGAUGCACGUGCAGUUCGUGAUGAAUCGCACGCCCUUCUGCGAGUGGCGGCGAGCCAUCGACGCGCUGCCGGAUACGAGGCUCAUAUUCCCCGAAUCGCGUAUCAAUAGGCAGGUGAACUUUGAUUGGAUGCCCAAGUGGAAACACAACUUUAAAAACUUUCGACUUAACGAGCGGCAGAAGGUGCCGGUUGCCCUUAUGAUGGCGCCCGACACCGAAAUCCUACCGCCAAUUCUCAUACUCGGGCCAUUCGGCACUGGCAAGACCUCGACGAUCGCCCAGGCUCUUAGGAUUCUUUUGGUUAACGAUAGGACGAGCAGAGUUAUACUCUGUACACACAGCAACAGUGCCGCAGAUUUGUACGUGAAGGACUUCUUCGAUGUCUGGUAUAAGGAAACGAACGAUCCUAGACUAAAGCCUUUAAGGAUCUACUACAAAGGGCGCGUGAGAAAUACGGUUCACGCAACGGUGCGCGAGUACUGCCCAUCGGAUGAAAAUGGACGCUUCCGGGAUCCCACGAGCGACGACAUCGCCAACUGCGGUCUAGUUAUUUCGACUCUCGCGACUUCUAGUUACCUGACCGCCCUGGACCUACAGCCUAGCCACAUAAUUGUGGACGAGGCGGCCCAGGCGCUCGAGUGCGAGGUUCUCGCUUGUCUAGCCCUGGCCACGGAACGGACGAGGAUAAUUCUUGCUGGAGACCAAAUGCAGCUCGCCCCCGAGGUCUACAGUGAUCUGGCGAGAGAGCGGGGCCUCGGUAUGAGUCUCCUCGAGAGGAUCCAUCUAACGUAUGAGCCAGGACAUCCCUGCAGGAUACAACUCUGCAAGAACUACAGGGCACACGCGGAUAUUGUAAAGUUGACCUCGGACCUGUUUUACGGAGGGGAGAUCGAAGCGGGUGCAACAUUGCCUAGACACCCGACUUACAGUCCAUUGACGUUCUACGCCUGCCAAGGCAUCGUCAUGCAGGGCUCCAACUCAACUGGUUAUUACAACAACAUGGAGGCAUACGAGAUCGCGGAGCGCGUUGCUGAACUACGGAGAAGUUGGCCGACGGAGCAGUGGGGACCUUAUGGGGAGGGCUCGAUCGGCGUUCUCGCCCACUACGCGGAGCAGGUGCUACGCAUUCGUAGCGAGCUGCGCAACCGGAGGCUCUUUAACGUCUCGGUGGAGCGCGUCCUCAACGUCCAAGGAAAGCAGUUCACGGCGAUCUUUAUUAGCGUGGUGCGCACACGCCACUGCAGUCGUCACUCGGCCGAGAGGCAGCUCAGCGACUACGGCUUCCUCACGAAUCCCAGGCUACUCAAUACGGCGGUUACGCGAGCCAAGAGCCUCGUCGCCGUCGUCGGAGAUCCGGUCGCUCUUCUAUCUAUAGGUUCGUGUAGCGAGCACUGGCGCCGCUAUCUACGCUCAGCCAGUGUCCACGGGAUCGACGCUCAGGAAUUGGACUUUCAUCUCAACCAAGUACAAGACAUGCCGACGACGCCGGCGCUCAAUCCCCUCGCUAAGGAGUUCGUACCGAGGAAUGGAACUCAGACGGACAAUCCAUACUGGAUCGAAUACGUCCCUAUGCCUAUCAAUUAUCCAGUUAUACACUGCACCGUGGAAACCGGCGGCCUGUUGUGAGGCUGUGACUGGGAAAACAAGGGAUUCUGAUUAUUGACGACUACGAGGGCGCUUUAUACUUAGUUAUUAAGGGCAAUCAAGGAUUUAAA